GCAUCUAUCUCCUCGGGUUAUAAAAGCGUCACUCCUCCCUUCCUGGUGUACAUCUCACUCUGUUCAUCUUGCUCGAAAUACUCUGGCAAACUCUGACCUAUAUCCUCUAUCCUUUUAAACAAAUAUUCCCAACCUUAUAGUCACCUUAUUCCAAUAUGUCUGUCUCACUUUACCAAGUCAGCGUCGCGCCCUUCAUCGCCGAGUUGAAGAUCGUCUCCAAGCUCCUCACAAAGGGUCUGGAGCAUGUUAAGGGCGACGAGUCCGCCCUCAUCGAUGCCCGCAUCAUUGAAGACAUGCAGCCGCUUACCUACCAAAUCCAACGCAUCAGUGACACAGCCAAGGGACUUGCUGUCCGCAUGGGCAAGGUUGAGCCUGUCGCCAUGGCCGACGAGGAGAAGACCUUCCCUGAGCUCCAGGAGCGCAUCGCCAAGACCAUUGCUGUCUUAGAAAGUGUUGACCCAAAAUCAUUCGAGGGUAUUGAGGACAAGGAGGUUAUCUUAGUUACUCGCGGCGGCGAGCAAAAGUUCACUGGCCUAUCUUAUGUGAACACCUUCGCUAUUCCCAACUUCUACUUCCACAUGUGCAUGGUCUAUGCCAUCUUGAGGAAGGAGGGUGUACCAGUCGGCAAGAUGGACUACCUCGGAAAGAACUAGAGCAUCGCAGUGCUGAGGGUGUUAUACUAGGUCUUUACGUGCUUGGAUGAUAUUAGCUAUGGCCUUACUUCCGCUGGAUUGCUGAAGUUAUAGAUUUUGUUCUCAGCUGGCGGAAAAUAAAAAAUAUCGUAUCAUUACGUUAAUUCAGCUUCCACUGAAGAUAUCAAACUAUUUUACUUCAUAGCAGUCGCUUAAAGCUGUUGCACCCGGAGAUUACCGUAAAAACUACACACUACAGCCCCAAUUUAACAUUUCGUGUCCCAUCUGCGAAGAAGAAACGCCAAAGCUUCGGUAAUAAACAGCUGAGGGUGUUCAGGGAUAACAAUUUGGAGUCACGUCGAUCCUUGUAUAUAGUUCCCUCGAGUAGGUAGAUCUGGUUCACGGCACCAGUAUUUUUAUUCUCUAUGGGCGAUUGGAACA